AAAGAAUGGGAAGAUUGGAAUUACGAUAUUACUAAUAGAGGAGAUGGAGAUAUUUCAGUCAUGCCAUCUCUUAAGACCUUGGAAAUUUUAGGCUGCCCCAAGUUGACAUCACUGCCAAACCAUCUUCGUCAGAUGUCAACUUUGAAGAAGGAAUUUUAUAAUUGUCCUCUUCUUGACGAAUAGAGAAAACUGAUAGCUCAUUAUCAUCUUCAGCAAAACAUCAAUUUCAACAAUGAUGCUGCAUAUGUGCAACGACACCAACUUUGAAUUCUCAAACACCCAAGGUUGCCACUUGCCAUCUAUGUAACCCGCAGGAAUUUUAAAUCUACAUUUUCGUACAUUGAUUUCACAUGCUGGAUGCUCACUGGCAGGAAGGAUGGUCCUUUCUGCAAAUAAAUCAUUGAUUUCACAUUUCUGAAAUGACACGACCAUGAAUUCUCAAGCAGCUAUCGCCUUUGCUUCUCAGUGGAAAUGGAGGAAGGGAAAAUAGAAUAAUGAGACUCGGACCCUGCUAAAUGAUCUUGCUAGCCUCAAAUCAAGGUUGCUGACAAAUCAUCUUAUUAUAUGGCAACAUCAGAGAACAGGAUAAAAAAGGUCCAAUACUGUCAUCAUCUGCACCCUAUACGAACCAAGAUCUCCCAAGCUCUUCUCAACUUUGAUUCUGCAUAUGUGCAAAGAGAUGAUCUUCUGGAUUCUCUAAGAGCUACAAUUGCCAUCAAUUCACAGAAAAAAAGAAAGCCAUGCACAGUUGUAAGUAUUAAGAAAUCUGAUGCUGAAUGUUUGCUCAAAAGGACUUGGAACAUUGCAGAGUCUCCUCAAUCAGAAAUUCUGUUUCACUUUCCACCCGUAUACAAUGGAGAAAACUAUCAUAUUUGGGCAGUAAAGAUGAAAGCCUUCCUUAGAGGAGUUGGAUUGUGGCAGUAUGUUGAGGAGGAAAAACAGCCUCCUCCUUUGGGGCCAAAUCCUACUCUAAAUCAAAUCAGACUGCAUGAAGAAGAGGCAACUAAAGCUCCUAAAGCAUUGUCCAUUCUUCAUCAGGGUGUAACAGAUGCAGCAUUCACAAAGAUUGUUGCUUGUGAAACUGCCAAAGAGGCCUAGGAUAAGCUCCAAGAGGACUCCCAGGGCAAUGAAAGGUUAAGGCAGAUGAUCGCCUUGAAUCGCAGAAAAGAGUUUGAAGUACUUAAGAUGAAGGAGACUGAAUCCAUACAAGAAUAUGCUGAUAGAACCAUGAAGAUUGUUAAUAAGAUUAGAUUGAUGGGAGAAAAGUCAUCUGAUGAAAGGAUUGUUGAAAAAAUCUUGGUGAGCAUUCUGGAAAGGUGUGAGGCCAAGAUAUCCUCUCUUGAAGACUCCAAAAAUUUUUCAGAGUUAACUUUAGCUGAAGUGGUUAAUGCCUUGAAAGUUCAAGACCAAAGAAAAGCUUUAAAAAGGCAAGAAGAAACCAUAGAAGGUGCUUUCAAUGCCAAAACAAAUGAGAAGAAGUCUAACAACAGUCCUCACAAAAAAUUCUUUGGUGAAAAAAAGGAAAAAUGGAAACAAGCUGGAAGUGAGAGCCAAAAAUUUGAAGAUAAGAGAGGAAGGUAUCAACCAUGUCCUCAUUGCAAAAAGAGAGGCCAUUCUCCAAAUUUUUGUUGGUACAAACCUAAUGCUAAAUGUAGGAUCUGUAACCAAUUUGGACAUGUUGAUAAAGUCUGCAAAAGUAAAGAAAGCAGCCCAUUUCAACAAAGUCAGCAAGUCCAGGAAGUGGAGAAGCAAAAUGAAACAAGUGAGCAUUUGUUUUUGGCGUCCAAUUGUGACACGGCAGAAGAACAUUCCACUUGGCUAAUAGAUAGUGGAUGUUCAAACCAUAUGAAAUAUGACAGCGAUCUAUUGGUGAAGUUUGACUGCACUUACACCUCCAAAGUGAAGAUUGAAAAUGGUGAGCUGCUAGAUGUAAAAGGAAAAGGUGCAGUCCUCAUUGAGUCUCCAACAGACAUUAAGGUGAUCAAUGAUGUUAUUUAUGUUGCUCAAACCAAUCAUAACUUAUUAAGUGUUGUUCAAAUGUUAAAGAAAGUUUAUGCAUUGCAUUUUGAAAAUAAAGCAUGUGUUAUAGCUGAUCCUAAAGGAAAUAGAUUAAUGACUGUAAAAAUG